GAGAGUUUGAGGGAUGCGGACAUACGAGACGACUACACCGAUACAGACUGCGUAGAACCCAUCAGACCAUCUCCCAAGAAGCGCAGCCGUCUGGAAGGUAACGCCGCUGGUCGCGCAUCAAUGGCACAACUGGUGGUGAACCAAGACGUGACACCGAAGGCGAGAAGUAGAAUGCCAUCGGGGACUGUCACAAGAUCGAUGUCACAGAACGCUAAAGGAGUGGUAGGCGUUGUUGGUGGAGGAAGAUCUAGAAGCUUGAACCCGGCGCCGACUCGUCGAGGAGCUGCUGCUAGGCGUCUGACAGGAACUCGAUCGGUCGCUGAUAUCCAAGCUGAUCAUGCGGCAGCUGAAAUGGAUACCGUCGUGAAGAAAGCAGUGGCCGGUAUUGUACAGUCCAUCAGAAUUAAAGCCAUCGAGAUGGUCGAACAGGAGCUACUGCCCACCGUCGAGGCGAUGGCGGAGGCUGGUAUCAGAGAGGCUCUGGCUACUGGCACCUCGGAUGGUCGCCGAACACGAUCAAGCUCAUUGGACAUAGUCGUCGAGUCGCCGACCUCUCAGCGUAAGGAUUGACGUCCUACACGUGCAUCUGUUUGUAACAUACUGAUCACUGCUCUUCCGUAUCAAAUUAAAAGCCCUUUUGUCGUCGAUGCCCUGUCCAGUCGAGAGAGCGUAGGUAGGCUAACGAGAUCACUAUUGGUUUCGCUCCCUAUGUUCAUGAUGCUGCUAUCACCGAUCGAUACUGCGU